CUGUAAACGCAUACUUGAGACACAUCAGAUCAGACGACUGACUCUUCAGACUCUUCCUGUGAAAAUGGCUCAAAUUCCUGGAGGUUACUCUGAGAUCAAGUUGGCUGCUCCGGAAACUCAGAAGAUUUGUGAUGCGGUGAAGUCUAAAGUGGAGGAAAAGACCGGCGAGCAAUAUGAAGUCUUCAAUGCACGUCGGUACAGGAGUCAGGUUGUGGCAGGAAUGAACUACGUUAUAAAGGUUCAUGUGGGAGGAAGUCACUACCUUCAUCUGAUGGUGUACCAAAACCUCUCUGGAGAGGUCACGUUUAACAGUGUGAAGAAGGUAGAGGAACCCCUUGAGCCUUUCUAAUGAUAAAACACAGCCUGAUUCAGCUGGUCCAUGCUGCAGCCUCACCUCAACAGGCUCUGCUUCUUCAUCCUGAAAUAAGACACAAAAAUGUUCCUUUACAGUCAUGCUGAAGAUGUUCAAUCAAUGUGCAAAGGAAUAAUAAAGAAUCAUCAGAAUAUAA